GAGCCGUUCCUGACUGUAGGAGCGGAUUCCGGAGCCGUUCCCGGCCCCCACAGCCGCCCCGUUUCCCCGCAGGCCAAGAAGUACGCCAUGGAGCAGAGCAUCAAGAGCGUGCUGGUGAAGCAAACCAUCGCCCACCAGCAGCAGCAGCUCACCAACCUGCAGAUGGCAGCAGUGACAAUGGGCUUUGGAGAUCCUCUCUCACCUUUACAAUCGGUCAAUAGACAUAUUCACUUCUUCUGGGGGCAUUGUCUUAGUCAGGGCCUAGCCUGGGGACGUGUUCCUAGUGGUGCCACUGCUCUUGUCCGCGCCCAGCACGGCCCUCCCACCUCCCCACCCACCCGUGUGCCGGACACGCCCCGGAGCAGAGCGAGGUGCCCCUGGCCCCGAGAAGACCCCCAGGCUGUGCAGUCUGCGGGGACACUGCCCAGCUCCCUCCCACGUCCAUCCCAUCCCUGUCCUCAGGUGGGCAGGCCCAGCAACAUCGGGCAGGCCCAGCCCAUCAUCGACCAGCUGGCAGAGGAGGCCCGAGCCUUCAACCGCAUCUACGUGGCCUCGGUGCACCAGGACCUGUCCGACGACGACAUCAAGAGCGUCUUCGAGGCCUUUGGCAAGAUCAAAUCCUGCACCCUGGCCAGGGACCCCACCACGGGGAAGCACAAAGGCUAUGGGUUCAUCGGUAAUGACCCCGGCUGGGCGUGGG